AUGAAGUUUUUAAAUUUUUCAAUAUUAAAUAUCUUGUGUCUAUUUCACUUUUAUUUAACUCUUCAAAAUGUGUACUAUGAGUGUAUUAAUACAGGAACUUCGCAAAAUAAUGGGAAUCAAAAUAAUUUAAAAUUUAAUUCAAAGGAUAAUGGAUUAUCUACGGUAUGGAGUAAUAAGGGAUAUAAUUAUGCGGAUCUAAUGAAAAAUGGAUAUUUAAAAAAUACCCAAGAUUUAGAUGAGCUGAAAGAUGAUUUAGCUGAUGAGUUAGCUAAUAAGAUAAAGAAUAAAUUAGGGGGUUAUUUAAAAGAAGACAAAAAUAUAAGUGAUAAUGAGAAUAUAAGUGAUCAAGUUUUAAAUGAUUUAAAAAAUUAUGCCAAGGAUAUAUCUCAAUACAUAGGUCUGAGAGCAGCUGAUUUAUUGGAUAGACAUUUAGAAGAAGCGCUUAAACCUAUUUUAUCAAAAAAAUCAUAUGAAAAAUUUGAAAAAGCUUUGCAUAGCCAAAAUUCAAGUAAACUUAAAAUCGAUGAAGGUGACACAAACACCGAAAAUGAAACAAAUAACGAAAAUGAAACAAAUAACGAAAAUGAAACAAAUAAUGAAAAUGAAACAAAUAACGAAAAUGAAACAAAUAACGAAAAUGAAACAAAUAAUGAAAAUGAAACAAAUAAUGAAAAUGAAACAAGGAACGAAAAUGAAACAAGUAACGAAAAUGAAACAAGUAACGAAAAUGAAACAAGUAACGAAAAUGAAACAAAUAAUGAAAAUGAAACAAAUAAUGAAAAUGAAACAAAUAAUGAAAAUGAAACAAAUAAUGAAAAUGAAACAACUAACGAAAAUGAAACAAAUAAUGAAAAUGACACAAGCCAUGAUGAUAUUAUUGAAGAAACUGACAAUUUUGUAAACGAAUUAAUUGAAGAAUACGAAAAUAAACUGCAGGAGGAAUUAAAACAACACAAAAAAGAAAUAAAGAAACAUAACAUUUUAGACUAA